CGCUUAAUUAUCUAUAUAUAUACUUUAAACAAUAAAAACCUAUUCUUAAUUAUUAAACUAUUUCGUACAAAGCUUUUUAUAAUAAUUAAAAGUUAUAAUAACCUUUACUUAACGUUAUAUAAAGUUCUUUACUUAUUGCGGUUUAAUAUACGUUAUAUCGUAUUUAGUAAAAAAGUAAUCGGCUAUAUUUUAUACGUUAUUAAAUUAUAA